UCCCUCCUCUCUCAUUCGCGACUUGUGCAGCUUUAAAUCGCUGUCUCUCUCGUCGUCGUCUUCUCUCAACGUAACUGCAUAAAGAGCGAGCGACUGAGUGAGAAAGAGUUCGACGUGAAAUUUCAACUGAUGGGAGCGUAUUGCAACGAAGACCUAGGUAGUUUACCGGUUUACUCCUCCGGCGCUCCGACGAACGAGCUCCGGUUCAGCAAACAUGUCUACGACAACGUUCACGGAAACAUCUAUCUCGACCCUCUUUGUUUAAAAUUCAUUGACACUGAGCAGUUUCAAAGGCUUCGUGAACUUAAGCAGCUUGGGGUGACAAACAUGGUAUAUCCAGGAGCUGUGCAUUCUAGAUUUGAGCACUCUCUAGGUGUGUAUUGGCUUGCAGGCGAAAACGUUCAGAGGCUAAAAACUUUCCAGGGGAUGGAGCUUGGUAUUGACAAUUAUGAUCUUCAGACUGUGAGGCUUGCUGGACUUCUCCAUGAUAUUGGUCACGGGCCUUUCAGUCAUAUGUUUGAGCGUGAAUUCCUUCCAAAGGUCAUAAGUGGCAGUCAGUGGUCUCAUGAGUUAAUGUCUGUAAACAUGAUUGACCAUAUGGUUGAUACACAUAACAUUGAUGUUGAUGCACAAAUGCUGAAAAGAGUAAAGGAUAUGAUACUAGCUAGUACUGAGUUUUCACAGCUGAAAAGCAAUGCAGAGAAACGUUUCUUGUAUGACAUUGUUGCUAAUGGCCGGAAUGGGAUUGAUGUGGACAAGUUUGACUACAUUGUCCGUGAUUCUCGAGCUUGUGGACUGGGAUGCAAUUUUCAGUUCCAAAGACUAACAGAGAUGAUGAAAGUCAUUGAUAAUGAAAUCUGCUAUCCCGCCAAGGAAUAUCGUAAUGUCCACAAGUUAUUUGCAACUCGUGCUGAUCUUUAUCGAACUGUCUACACACAUCCGAAAGUAAAGGCGAUCGAGCUUAUGAUAGUAGAUGCCAUGGUCAAAGCCAACAGUUUCUUGGAAAUUUCUUCUAUGAUUAAUGAUCCAUCUGAAUACUGGAAGUUAGACGACACAAUCCUCAAAACUAUCGAAAUAGCUCCAGAUCCAGAGCUUGCAGAAGCUAAAGAGCUGAUACUCCGUGUUCGCAGAAGGCAGCUGUACCAAUUCUGUAACGAGUAUGCGGUUCCAAAGGACAAAAUCGAUCAUUUCAAGGCUGUCACUCCCCAAGAUAUCAUAUGUUCUCAGAAACACCAAAGCUUGACACUAAAAGAAGAAGAUAUCGCUGUUACAAACGUCAAGAUUGAUUUGGCUCGUGGGAGACAAAAUCCUCUUGAAUGCAUCAACUUCUAUAAGGAUUAUGAUAGUACGGAGAAGUUUGUGAUACCUGAAGACAGAGUCAGUCACUUGCUACCAACAACAUACCAAGACAUGAUAGUGAGAGUAUAUGCCAAAAAGCCAGAAUUGGUAGAAGCAGUUUCUGAAGCAUUUGAAAACUUCCAAAUGAGAACGUAUGGAAUCAAAGCUCAAGUGCACGCAACACCUGAGAAAAAGAAAAGGCGUAUGAUGUAGUUGUUACGUGGCUUCAAUUCACUUCAUUUCAUUUGAUGGUUUCAUUUUGGUUUUUCACGUCUUGAAAAAACUUUAAAAUACGGAUGCGUUGUACAUAUACUAGCUAGCUUGCGUUAGACUCACGAUCCCGAAAGCUUUGGAUUUUUAGUAACAGCGUCUUUAUACAUAAGAGUAAAGGAAAAAGGCAAAGGCACAAUCUUCUUUAGUAA